AUGUGGCGUGCGUGUCGUGUUGCUGCUCUCCGCCAGCUGCGCAGAGAAGCUGCUAGAAUUAAGAUUCUGCAGAACCUGUCGGGUGGCGUGAACAUCGUUCAAUUGCUGGAUGUGGUGCGUGAUCCGCAGUCCAAGACCCCCAGUCUCGUGACUGAGUAUGUGAACAACACGGACUUCAAGACGCUGUACCCAACACUAAGCGACUUUGACAUUCGCUACUACUUGUUCGAACUGCUGAAGGCUCUGGACUAUUGCCACUCGAACGGCAUCAUGCAUCGUGAUGUCAAGCCACACAACGUCAUGAUUGAUCACGAGAAGCGUCAGCUUCGUCUCAUUGAUUGGGGUCUCGCUGAGUUUUAUCACCCGGGUCGCGAGUACAACGUGCGCGUGGCUAGUCGUUACUUCAAGGGACCAGAACUUCUGGUAGACAUGCAGGAGUACGACUACUCGCUCGACAUGUGGAGUCUGGGCUGCAUGUUCGCGGCCAUGAUCUUCCGCAAGGAGCCGUUCUUCCAUGGUCACGACAAUUGCGACCAGUUGGUGAAGAUCGCAAAGGUGAAGGGCACGGACGAGCUGUUUGACUACCUGACGACGUAUGACUUGGAGCUGGACCCGCAGUACGACGGCAUCCUGGGCACGCACACGAAGAAGCCGUGGGAGAAGUUUAUCACACAAGAGAACAAGCACUUGGUGUCCCCUGAGGCCAUCGACUUCCUGGACGGGCUACUGCGUUACGACCACCAGGAGCGACUAACCGCAAAAGAGGCCAUGCAGCACGCGUACUUCCAGCCUGUGCGUGAUGCAGCCGAGCAGAAGCUGCGUGGUGGCGCGCAUCACACCGACGAGAUCACCAGCGUAUCCGACUCGAGUGCGUAA